AAACGCUUUGACGAUUAAAAAUUCUCAAAGUUAUCUCCCCUAUAUCGUCAAACUUACGACCCAAAAUCACAAAAAAAUGGGAAAAGAAAAAAAGAAAAAGCACCAAAGAGACAGAUCAUCUGACAGUAGACACAGGCACAAAAAAUCAAAGAAACAUAAGAGGAGAGACUCUGAGUCUGAAGAUUCUUAUGAUUCUGAUUCAGUUGAUUCAAGGUCAAGGUCACCAAAACAUAAAGAGAGAUAUAGGUCAAGGUCAAGAUCACCAAAACGAAAUGAGAGAUAUAACUCAAGGUCACCCAGAAGACAUGGAGAAAAGUCUAAAUCUCAUAAAAUGAAUUACAGGGAUUCAUCUGCUAGCUCCAAUUCUGGUAGUUCAGAUGAUGAAAGAUUUAAACAAAGGGAGAAGAAGAAGUUUCAGAACAUUGAAUUAUCUAAAGAAGAAAGAAGGAGGCAGAAAGAAUUGAUGAAAACUUAUGAAACACCAGAAGAGAAAAGGGCCAGGAGAAUGGCAAAAAAAGAUGCUAAGGAAAGAAAGAGGAAGGAACAAAUGGGAUGGGAUAAAGACUAUUUGGGUUAUACAAACAGCGACAAUCCAUUUGGAGAUGAAACACUGCUGGAAACAUUCACAUGGAAGAAGAAAAAUGAAAAAGAAGGAGUCAAAGUCCAGUCACAUGAUGAAAUGCAAAGAAUUCAAAAGCAAAAAAUGGAUGAAAGCAGGAGAGAACUUGAAAAAGUUAAAAAGAGAAGACUGGAAAGAGAAAGAGAACUUGAUGAAAGGGAAAGAGAAAGGGAACAGUUACAAAGAGAUAAAGAAGCUGAAUAUUACAGAGAGUGGGAAAAACAAGAAGACACUUUCCAUCUGAACCAAGCUAAACUGAGGUCCCAGAUCAGAAUUCAGGAUGGAAGAGCCAAGCCUAUAGAUUUACUAGCAAAGUACAUCAGUGCCGAGGAUGAUGUCUCAGCCAUAGAAAUGCAUGAACCUUAUACAUAUCUUUAUGGUCUUACAAUUACAGACAUGGAAGAUUUGUUAGAAGAUAUUAAAGUUUAUCUAGAGUUAGAGGAAGGCAAGAAUGCUGACUACUGGAGGGAUAUUAUAACUGUGACAAAUGAUGAACUUUCUAAACUCAGAAAAUUAGACAACACUCAAAAAGAUUAUAGAGAUAGAAGAGAAGGUAUAAAUGAAUCCGUGAAUUCUGAAGUUGGUUCUAUCUUCAAAGGAAAGACAACCAACCAACUACAGUUACUGGAGGAUCAGAUUAAUCAGAAACUUAAGGGUGGAGAAGGAGUAGAUAUAGGAUAUUGGGAGUCUUUAAUUCAACAGCUUAAAGCUCACAUGGCAAGAACAAGACUGAGAGAACGUCAUCAGGAAGUCCUUAGACAGAAAUUGUUCAAAUUAAAACAGGAGCAAGGUAUAGAGUCUGCCCCAUUAUUUCCUGCUGGUGACAGAUCUGAUUCACCUGUGGUAAAACAAGAAAAGACAGACAUGCCUCCUCCUGCAGUGCCAACUGUCAGUAGAGGUGAAGAACCGGGAACCAGUGGGGAACAAAGCCAACCAGCUGCAGAGGAAGAGGAUGAUGGUGAAGCAUUGAUAACAGAAGAUGAUUUGGAGGAACAAGCCUACAUUGACUAUGAGGCUGGUUGUUAUUCUCCUAAGUUGUUAACACCAAAUGAGUUAGAGAUUGACUCUGUAGUGUAUGAAGUAGCAGAUGAUAUGAAGAAGUUGGAGUUAGCUAGAGAACAAGUCAAAACUUCUGGACAAGUCAGACUUGAUGCUGAUUCUGAGUUUGAAAAGAAGGCAAGAGAAGGUAUGAAUGAUGAUGAAGCACAGUUUAGUGUAGAAGUACCUCUCACAAGCCAAGCAUUCCUGUGGUCAGACAAAUACAGACCUAGAAAGCCAAGGUUCUUCAACAGGGUCCAUACGGGUUUUGAGUGGAACAAAUAUAACCAAACCCAUUAUGAUAUAGAUAAUCCUCCACCUAAAAUUGUACAGGGAUAUAAAUUUAAUAUAUUUUAUCCAGAUUUAAUUGAUAAAACAAAGCCUCCAGAAUAUACCCUGACCCCAUGUGAUGAUAACAAAGACUUUGCCAUACUGAAAUAUCAUGCAGGUCCGCCUUAUGAAGAUAUAGCUUUCAAGGUUGUCAACAGAGAGUGGGAAUAUUCAUACAAACGUGGAUUUAGAUGUCAGUUUCAGAACAAUAUAUUUCAAAUGUGGUUCCACUUUAAACGAUAUCGUUACAGACGGUGACUAAUAUUGAGAUUUGUACAGAUGUGCUUAUUUAUUGUACUUCAAAUAAUACAAACAGACCAGUGUUUGGCCAUAAUAGAAAACUAUGCCCUGAAUAUGUUACAAGGAACUGGUGUGCAGGCAGAGAUGACAAGUCUGGAAGUGAAUAUCUGAUACAUACAUAAAUUGUUGUUAAACAGAUUGAAAUGAUCUUUUAUUUUUUGUGUCUUGAAAAUUGGCAGCUGGUUGCAAUAUUGAUGUCACCUGAAAAAAGACAAGAGCAGACGCCUAAGUAAAUUGUAUACUGUUUUGUUUUCAGAUAUCCUCGUGUAUUGUGUUUUCGACCUACUUACAAUUUAUCAAUAUUUCCCCUUUAAUAUGUUUGAACAUAUACAUGCCUAAUAUUUUUUAGAGUCACUAGUAUACUUGUACAUUAAAUAAUUGUAUCUAAAAUAUAUUUCGAUCUUAAAUAUUUUUUUUAUUUCAGUUCAUUAGAUCGAUGGCACCUUUGUUGACAAAAACUAGCGUCUUGUGUUUUCGACCUAUCUAAGAAACGGGUCCAAAGUCGGAAAUGACAUGUCGUACAAAUCCGGAAUUGGUUAUAAUUUGAUGCCAAUGUUUAUAUCAAAUUAUUCAAAGUUUUAGAGGCGAUCAAACUUAUGAUUUAAUGAAUUAAAUGGUGACAUAUACAACUAUAAGAUAUAAAAUAUUAUUUUGAUAUCUUUAUUUGACUAGUUGUACACAUUUCACAUGAGGCACUUUGGAAACCUUGUAGGACCUUGUAUACAGUCAUGUUUCUGUUCAAUAUACUUCAGUGAAGGCAUUAUAAAGUGAGGUUGGUGAGUAUUGUCUGUAAUCUCCCCUGACAGACUGCUGUUUCUGUGAAUUAAAAUUAAUUGAUAUUUUAUUUUUUUCAGCAAAAAACUGUAAGAAUCAUCCACAUUUCCGUAUUAAAAAUAACUUUUAAGUAUAUCACCUAACCACAUGACAGUCAUGUGACGUAAUGACCUUGAUGUUAACUUCACAUGCUAAAAGUCCUCGGCCAUAUUUCUAGAAUAUUUGUUUAUUUUUGAUAGAUUCUUGUGGAAGGUAAAAAAAGUAUUAGUGAAAAGGUACAAAAAUGUGAUAUCAAAUAAAAUAACGAAAAUACUUAAUUAUAACAACUUUACUUGAAACAUCUUCACCACACGUGGUAUUAUUUGCUAUUGUUACUAAAUAUAGCAGCCAAAUGUGACGUCACACGGGCAUGCGCAGCAUACGGGAAGUGAAAGUAGAAUUAGGUCGAAAACGUAAGACGGUCGAAAACACAAUACGAGACGAUAUACUGACAUACUUCUAAAUUUAAAAAAAAAUGAUUUUCAGGUUAAUAAAGAAAUGUUGAUUACCAGUAGUGGUAUAAAUUGGGAGGGGCCACAGGUUUAAUUUUUAAGUUAAUUUUGUUAACUGUAUUUAUGAUUGAUUUAUUACUAUUCAUAAAGUUUUAAUGAAGAACUAUAUCUCUAUCAUUGAAAUUUGCAGCAGUUAACUUCUGAUGAACUCCAUUGCAAUCUUACAAAUCCUUAUUACUGAAGUGCUGACUCUUUAAUGAAAAUUGUUACUCUCACAGUCUCCUCAAAUAUGACUUCUCUGAGAGCCUUACUUUAUAGCAUUAAACAAAUUAUCAAUCACUAUUUUGCAAAUCAGCUUAUUGCAGGAGAUUUAGGCGAGUUGUGAUAAAGAAUGUGGCAGUCAAAUCUUGUUAUUCAUGUAAUCAUGUAAAUUCAAUAUUGGUUUUAAACAUAUAUGUCAAUAAAACUGUUUUAUAUUUCUAAA